UGGAUGAAGAACCAGCGCUGCUCACCAAGAGUCGACGGUCUCCAUUUAUAAUAUGAAUACAUUAUAUACAAUAUAAAUCCGAAACUGUUUCAUUUGACUAGGUCUAUAAUCUCAGCGCCUAAAAAUGGAGGAUUUGGAGAUAGAGGAACAACUGGCGCGGAUUAAAAAGAGAGAUUUAUUCCAGACAUAUUUCUACAAAAUGGCAAGCAGAGUGUUCGGUCCCGCUAAAACACGGGACAGGGUUUUCAUCGCGCCACCGAUGCCCAAAAUGCCCGUUUGCAUGCCGAAGCCUGCAUGCCAAGUGCCGACAAAAUGCCGAUAUGGGUCAGUGGCAGUUGCGGCCAUGGUGUCGGGAGCAGGGGACAGAGUCAGUGGCGCUCCAAUGACAGUGCUGCCUUUGGAAGGUAAUGACGCGAAGCAUCAAGACUGGGUUAACCAAAGGAGGUCCUUUCGUCGACAGUUCGAUAGUCUCGGAGAUUUGUCGAAGUGGGUUGACAGCAAGCCGACGGUGACCGAGCUGGAGAUGUUGGUUGUGGAAAGAGAGAAAAAGAAGCAGAAAACUCCCUCACCUGUCCCGGGUUUUACUUUGACACCCCCUGAGGCUCAUAAGGCCAGAACACGUGCCAGCCCGACCCGUCCUUCUCGGUGGGCUAAUGUGCCUCGUCCAAGCGCAGUCCGGUCCCCACUGUGCAAGGUAAAGGAGGUAAAGAGGUACUGCCGCACUCACAAGCUCCGACCCUCUGAACUGGCCAAGAGGCUUGACAAACAUGGCACGGGACUCAUCAGUCGGAAUGACCUCCGAGCUGUGUUUGAGAAGGAGGGCAUCCCUGUGGUGCCAGAGCAUCUGGAUCACCUGGUGUCCACUCUGAGCGGCAUGGAGGGGGACACAGUGACAGUGAAGGACCUGGCGGAGGGCAUCAAGGCCUGGAGCCUGGAGAGGGAGAGGGAGGAGAGUACCAGCUGGGGCCGCAGGGGCCUGACAGAGAGAGGAGAGCUAGAGCUGGAGAAGGGGUGCAACAGGGAAAUAGAGAGAGUGAGGGGCAGGGAGCAGCGGUUUCCGAGCAUCCCAGCACGGAAGCCAGUGUGGAGCCGUGGUCCUAAGCGGGGGUCGGGGAGGCAUGGUGCCCAGCUCCUGCCCCUCCCCAGUCCUGAGCUGUGCCUGCAGACUCCCCUGUCUCUGGAGGAGCAGCAGGAGCAGGCCCGUAUCCAGCAGCACCACCGCAACAGGAUCAAGAAGGGCAUGCAGGAUGAGGAGGUGCUGGCCAUCAUGAGGACAGUUUGUACAGGGAACCCCACCCAGGACGCCCACUCCCACCCGUCCUCUCUGGGAGGAGACACGGCCAAAGCGGUGGACAGGUUCAGGAGACAGUGUCUGGGGGAGUACCUGGACUCACUGUACCAGUGUCACACACAGGGGGUCACAGUCAACCAGGCCACACUGGAGAGAGUUCUGCUGCAUCCAGGGGACCAUGUCCUAGGGGGUCCGAAAUGUCCCGUGCUGAGGCAGGCAGGGUCGAAUCCCAUGCCGGGGUGUGGGGGCCGUCUGAGGACCUGGAUCGGCUAUAGCGGCAGUACCCCCCGGGGGGGCGAGGAGAAGGAGGAAGAGGAGCAUGACCUGGAGGAAGAGGCCGCUCUACACAAAGUCUGCAAGGAUACGCCUCUGUACCCCUCCCAUAGGUCUGUGCGUCGGGGGCCCAAGAUGAUGACCCUGUCCACAGGUCGAGCUGAGGUCAGACACAAGACCGAGUGCUGGCUGACCAGGGAGGAGUACGCCCACAUGACCAGCAACAUGAGGGAGCCGUCCAGCUGUAGAGCCGACCCUAACGCGUUCUGGCCUGGUCAGGACAACCAUGUGAGACUCUACCUGCCCAGAGUGGGCCUGUCUCCUGAGGGGGUCCUCUUUGAGCACAUCAUCCGCUCUCCCGCCCCAAGCCCCGGCAACUGGCCUGUCAGCGACAGGGGCUACUCCACCUCUGGAGACAUAGAUGGACACAAGGCCUACACCCUGUAGAGCGCUUUACUACGUGCUCCAGAUACAAUAUUGUACUUACAUGUGGGAGUUCAAAUACUUUUUGCUGUUGGAUUAUGGUUACAGUCUUAUCCAAGGGUCUCCUCUUCACUUCACAAGGCUAUUUUCAAUUGAGAUUAUUUUGUCUGUGAAGGUAAUAAAGACUAUAAUAUCAAGUAAAUGUCCA